AUGGCUAACUGGAAACUCUACGCAAGUUCUGCGGGAACUGUCACCACGAUGCUUUGGCGACAUACAUCCAGUAACAAUUACAAACUCGAGUCCAUGGAAGAUCACGCAGUUCUAGCGGGACAACUAAAUACGCCGUUCCCCUUAACCACGCUGCAGGUGCAAAUUGGUGACGUAGUGGGCUGGAAGACUGGAGGCGCAGAGUUAAUUCCAAACAGCGCUACUGCGAGCGCGGGUACGCGGAAUCAGCCAUUGAACGCAGUACUAAAUGCCGAGGUACCUUGGGGCGGGACGCUUGACACCGCCAGUACAUACGCAUUUGGAGCCGUCGUUGCAGAAAAUGAUUUGCCAACAAUUACCGGAGGAUCAGAGACCAUAACCGACACAGCCACGUCACAGACAGUACACACUCUAGCGAUCACAGACACAGACAGUCUCAAUUUCCUCGGAGAUACAGUCGUAGGAAUCACGUCAACAUCUCCCGCCACAACAGAAUUCUCCAUAGGAAAUGACGGUACUGAUUUCGUGAUAAACAGUGGUGCUAGUUUAACAGUCGGUACGUAUGAACUGGAAGUAACAGUCGAGGACGCUUGCGAAGUCAAAGUAUCUGCCACUGUGACAAUCACUGUUCAAAAUCCGGCGCCGGUAUAUGACCCGUCAACACCAGACACAUCAUACAGCGGGACAAUAAGUGACGAUACGACUACUGCUACUUCUAUAUACUCAUUCCUUGUGGUUGAUACUGACCCAGUCACGUGUACAGUUGAUAAUACAAACUUCGAAAUUAGAGACGCACCACCAAAUAAAGAAAUUUGGCUUAAAGACGUUGCUACGACCGACCUCCAUUAUGAUGACACUGCAGUUGAGGGCAUGGGUAUUAGUUGUACGGAUGGAUCCACUGCGGCACUAAGAACGUACACUGUUAAUAUUACUGACGCGUUGCCGGUUUUAUCAGACCUUGGAGUGACGACGAAUGUCGGGGAUGGAGCAGCGAGCGGCACGUCCGUCUAUCAGUUUACCGUGGACGACCAAGAUGACGUGGUCACGUGUACAUCAUCUGACCCAGACUUUACUGUAAAUUCUGUUGAUGGUGUGGCGGGAACACAAAGAUUUGAUAUAGAGACAGCAGUAGUCCUUGAUGCAGCCACAACGCCUUCAUAUUCAUUAACACUGUCUUGUCUAGAUGGUGUUAAUGCAGCAGUAACAGAUACACUCACAAUAACAGUGUCAGAUACUGCACCGGUAUUCGAUCCAGCUACUCCGGACACUUCGUACACAGGAACAAUAAGUGACGACACCACAAUUGCUACAAGUCUAUACGCCUUCUCCGUGAUUGAUACGAAUGCAGUCACGUGCACAACCGAUAAUUCGAAAUUCGAAAUACGAGAUGUUCCACCAAAUCAAGAAAUUUGGCUUAAAGAUGUUGCUGCAACUGACCUAAAUUUUGAUAACAAUGCUGAGGAGAACAUGACCAUAAGUUGUGACGACAGCACAACCACUAUAACGAGAACGUUCUCUGUUGAUAUAUCCGACGCGCCGCCGACUUUAUCAAACCUUGGAGGAGCGACUACGGGACCUAUCGGUGACCUCACCACCGCCAUCGGCACUACCAUCUAUCAGUUCACUGCCACGGAUCAAGAUGACCCCGUCACAUGCACAUCUUCUGAUGGAAACUUUACGAUAACUAACGAUAGUCCUGGUGCUGUGGGAACGCAAGUGUUAAAUAUUGUGACAGCAGCGGCCCUUAACGAAGACACAACAGCAUCUUUUUCGCUAACACUGACUUGUCUUGAUGGUGUUAAUGCAGCCGUGACAGAUACUCUGAUAGUCACAGUGUCUGAUGAUCAGCCGACUCUGACAGGCUUGGAUGUGACAUCGGCGGCAUUACCUGACGGUGUCCAGGCAGCAGAGCCUACGCUUGUUUCGUUCACAGUCACUGAUGCUAACGAUGUUGCUGGUAUAACAUGCAGUAUCACAGCACCAAAUGACGUACUAUUCCAGUUAACCGGAACAGCACCAAAUAUUGACGUGAAACCAAUAACCGGAACGACGUUGGAGGCGGCAUCUGCGCCUUAUGAAGUAGAGAUAUUGUGUGAUGACGACGAAGCUGCAAAUACAGUCAGUGGCACAGUAACCGUGCCUGUCACCAACGUGGCUCCUGUGUUUGUUGAUAUGCCAGCUACACUGUCGCCGGCCAUAUCGGAUGCAACUGACGUUGAUACCCUUCUACACAGCUUCUCCGUCACGGACUCACCGACGGCAACAAUUACAUGUUCGUAUACCGCAGCCGCUCCAUAUGACGAUGAUUUUGACAUUCAAGGAACGCCACCUGAUUUUGAGAUUUGGCUCCUGGCUGCAAAUGAUCUGCACUAUGACGCGAAUUCCACAGUACCAGUAACUGUAACUUGCACUGAUACAUUUACAAGCAUCACUGAAGAUUUCACUGUAGACAUUUAUGAUGAGGAUCCGGUAUGGACCGGGUUUCCGGCUGCGACAUACCAGUAUUUAUCAGAUGGAGGGGCUUCGGCAGUUUCUUUAUAUUUAUUUUCUGUGGCUGACUCGGAUGACACCAUGCUUUGUGCAGUGGACCAAACUUCUCCGGAAGCAACGCAUUUUGAAAUAAGACCAUUAACACCACCUGAAUUCGAAUUAUGGUAUCAGGGUAGUCCCCCGGCAACUUUGGACUACACGGCGGCGUCAUCACAUGACGUGUCCAUCAUCUGCAACGACAGCGCAUUAUACACACAUACCGAGGUGUUUACGGUUGAUCUGGAAAACAGUCCGCCGACGUUCACCAACCUGCCUAAUGCGUCGCCAACAAUUUCAGAGUCAGAAACUACCAAGACAUCUCUGUUCACCGUAUCUGUCUCUGACAACACAGAGGCAUAUUGUUACCUGUCUGAUACUGUCAUAGCUGCGGGUAUUGAACCCCUGGAGAAAGGCACCGUGGCAUUGCCCAUUACAGAAUAUGUAGUGUAUGCCUGGCAUACUACUGGCUUUGACUUCGAAGGAAGGUCAGGGACGAUCACUGUAGAUGUGUCAUGCGGUGAUACUGUUUCUACUAUCACUGAAACACUGACAAUAAAUAUCCAAAAUUCAGCACCAGUAAUAACUAAUCCCGGGGGAUCCUACACUGUAUCUGAAGAAGAGACUGGGACCUUGACAAUGAAAACUAUUAAUUUUGAGAAGUUUGAUGCGGAUGAUGCAGCAUGUACCAUGACAAAUGCUGAUGGCGGUCCUUUUGAUGUUACCAAUAACCAGAUAGUGAAGACUGCUGCUGGAGUGUUAGAUUACGAGACGAAGGAUGCAUAUAGCCUUGUCGUCAGUUGUACAGAUGGUGUAUUGACAACUACAGAUACCUUCACGGUCAACGUCGAAAAUAAGGGCCCUGACAUAACAAACCUCCCUUCGGCAAUUGAAAUACCAGAACAGCAAGUUGAUAGGCUUCAGUUACUUGGUCUUACAUUGUCAGAAGAUGCUGUUGAUUGUUCACAGGUAGCUCCAGUUGAGCCAGAAUUCGAAGUACUGUAUGAGCCGUCCACAAGCUUAUGGACUAUAUAUUAUGUGGGUCAAGCUGUGGCCGGGAAAUCUCUAAAGUAUGAAACCACGCCUUACUACGAUAUCAAUAUUGUAUGUACUGAUACCCUGUCUGGAGCACAAGGCAAGCAGAAAACAUAUACGGUCAGCGUAAUCGAUAAUGAGGCACCAGUUUUCGACAACAUUGGAG